UCACCAUUUCUCCAUCACGCUUCCCCACUCUGCUCCGCUCUGCUCACCGCUCAGGAUCGCAACUCCGCCCAAUUCCUGCCACCCAACCGGCCGAUAGAAAUACUCUCUUGAUUCAGUUUCGUCGGGGUUUUGUUUAAGCUCGAUUCGCCCCUUCUACAACUCCGAGUCAGUCCGCCGAUGGCGCACGACCUGCAGGACGACUUGGAGUUCGUCGCCGCCGGCCACGAUUACGACGACUUCGAGUUCGACGAUGCCGGCGGCAACGGGCUCCGAACCUCCGGCGGCGCUUCCCAAUACCAGCUGAAUACUGAGAUGAACGACACUUCAGCCUUGGAGUACAGACAAGGGAAGGACAUGCAGGAGAUACCCUGGGAGAGAUUGAACUACAGCAGGGAUCAGUACCGUCAGAUGAGGCUAAAACAGUACAAGAACUACCAGAGCCUCGCUAGGCCGCGGGAUGCACUGGCAAAGGAAUGCCAACGAGCGGAGACAAGAGACGCCUUCUACGAUUUUCACUUGAAUACAAGACAUGUCAAGCCAACAAUAGUGCACUUUCAGCUGAGGAACCUCCUGUGGGCUACGUCCAAGCAUGAUGUGUACGUGACACAGAACUAUUCUGUGAUGCAUUGGUCAUCCCUACUCCGGAGAGGAAAAGAAGUGCCCAAUGUGGCAGGCCCAAAUCAGGAUAUGCGGGGAGGUCGGCCCUUGUCAAGGGUGCAGAUCAGCACCAUGAUGGUGAAAGACAACCUCCUGGCGGCUGGUGGUUUCCAUGGGGAGUUGAUAUGCAAGUAUGUUGAUCAACCCGGAGUGGCGUUCUGUACCAACCUGGCCGGCAACAAGAAGUCCAUCACCAACGCCGUCGAGAUCUACAAAUCACCAAAUGGCUCCACCCGGGUGAUGGCUGCCAACAACGACUGCGUCGUCAGAACUUUUGACACGGAGAAGUACAGCCUGCUCACCCAGUUCCCCUUUGCGUGGUCCGUCAACAACAUGUCCGUCAGCCCCGACGGGAAGCUGCUCGCGGUGCUCGGUGAUAGCUCCGACUGCCUCAUCGCCGAUUCAGGCUCCGGCAAGGAAAUCGCGAGCCUGCGCGGGCACGCGGACUACUCGUUCGCGUCGGCGUGGCACCCGGACGGGCGCGUGCUGGCCACGGGCAACCAGGACAGGACGUGCCGGCUGUGGGACGUGCGCAACCCGUCCGAGGCGUUCGCGGUGCUGGAGGGGAGGAUCGGCGCCGUCAGGGGGCUCAGGUUCUCGCCGGACGGCCGCUUCCUGGCCGCGGCGGAGCCGGCGGACUUCGUCCGCGUCUACGACGUGGCGGCCGGGUACGCCCGCGCGCAGGAGAUCGAUCUGUUCGGGGAGAUCGCCGGCGUGUCCUUCAGCCCCGACGACGGCGCGGAGGCGCUGUUCGUGGGCGUCGCCGACCGUACGUACGGCAGCCUGCUCGAGUUCCGCAGGAGGCACCGUCACGCCUACCUCGACUGCUACCUGUGAAGUGUACGGCGUAUUUCGCGUGCCAAUCUUGUGCUACUGCUACUUCCUUUUUCACUGCUAUAUAUGCUUGAGAGUAGGGUAGAGCAAAGUGCGUCCCGUGUUUCGACAUUUUUCUGCAUCGAAAUCACAGGUGACUGUAUAUGUUCGACAGGGGGUUCGCAUCCUCGACUGCCUCGUCAUAUAUUGAGUUCUGUGCACUUUUCUACCGAGUGAAGUCUGUUUAUAUAUUGAGUUCUAUGCA